GCCGGCUUCUGGAGGCCGGCUAUGCUCCCGGCCGAGUAGGAAAAGCCGGGCCGCCUUCACGCCUCUCUCUGGCUGAAGGGGCCCGCGGUCCUUGGGCCGUUCAGGAGGGGGUCGUGGAUGACGUCGCGGCUGGCGUGGCUACAGUGCCUGGCCGCACGGGGGGACAUCCCCCCGUACGGCCUCCUGUAGCCGUGCCCGCCUCGGGCUUAGGGGGUCGUGGGCCGCACUGUGGCCGCACCCCGUCAUGUCGCCGUUAUGUAGGAGUGGUUGUGGUCUUGGCCGGCUUCUAGGAGUCGGCGUCCUUCUUGACCGGCUUCUUGGAGUCGGUGAGGCUGGGUCGCCUUCCGGGAGUCGGCUUUUAGAGGUAGCCGGCCGGGGAAGGCGGCCCAGAUGCUUGGAGUGCUUGAAGGCCCAAAGGCCUGAUAAUUUUUUUUAAGAGCCAGGGGUAGUCGGUUAGGCUACCCAUGGCCACUUACUCCGACAGCUAAUGUUCGCUUCAAAGUGGAUCUCUCUACAAGUGCCAGAAUGAUCCCUGGUAACUCACAUGCUUCUGCUGCUCCCACAUAUAUACCUAGGUCCAAUAUAUUUGCAUGUAGUAGUGAAGGAUCCACUUUCGUGCCUGGUAUUGUCCCAAGGCAUGUUUCUAAAGUGGAUGCUGGUUCCAAUCUCAGUGAAGCCGCCGCCGCCGCCAUAAAGCCUGAACAAUUACUAAAAGGUCAUCUGGCUGUGGAUCAUGACAAAGAUGUUCAUCGUUCCGUAUUUCAGUCAAAGCCAAUUACUUCAAAAACUCCACAAAGGAAAUUUAUAAGAGAAACAUCAAGUGAUGGGGACAUUAACUGUUUUGGGCCAUUGUGCACUGAAAGUGUUCAGUCUAACAAAGUUGAUAACUGGUAUGAUGUUUGUGGUUUCAAAGAAACAAAAUCAGCAGUUGGAAGGAAUCCACAAUUUGUGAAUGUUAACAGAACAGUAGUGUUUGGAUCGAGCCAACUGGUGGAAUCAAGUGAGAGCAGCAUAAUGCAAAAUCGAGGAACGGGACAUUUAUUUGCGAGUUACGAGAGAAGCGAGUACGCACCAACAUCAGAUGGCUUGAGACAAUCUUCAUUUGCUGGAGAACGCAGUGCAUCGGCUAAUGAUGACGAUCUUAUAGCUGACCUAAUGCAAAACCAUCAAGAAUUCAUUCAUGGCGUGAAGUCGCGGCUGACAAAACUAGAGCUUGUGUACCGCUGUUGGCAAAAUAAUGAUAUCAAGGGCUCUGUCAGUGCUAUGCGAAGAAUGUCGGAUCAUGCUGUUACUGCUGAUAUAAUUAAUGUUCUUAUUAUGGAAAAGAGUACCAAGUAUAUUACACUAGACAUUUGCACUUCUGUUUUACCUCUCGCCUCCAAUCUUCUUGAAAGCGGAUAUGACAGACAUUUGAACGUUGCCUUGGCGACGAUCCUUAAGCUUGUCAAAAGCUUCCGUGCAUCAAUCUUUUCUAUUUUGUCGUCUGCUCCACCAGUCGGUGUAGACCUCGAAGCAGAGCACUGGUUGGAACGCUGCAGUUCAUGCUUUCAAGAGCUGGAUAAGAUAAAUGCAAGUCUCAUCUCCUUGACAAGGCGAGAAGGCAAGGUUGGGAGAUCAGCACGGGAGCUGAGCCUCCUCCUUCAUGAUAUCUUCAAGACGCCAAGCAGUGUAUAAAUGUAGAAAUUUCACCCUUUUUCUUUUGUACAUGAAAUAUGUAGCGAUGUAGGAUUAACAGCUACGGCGACAGAAGAAGUAUACGGGAAGUAGACACAAGUUGGGCAAAAUGCAUAGCAUUUUCUGAUAGAGAUACGCAACAUCCAGUUUGAGGUUAACUGGCUGAAGAGCAGCUGCUGCAGAGUGGUAGCAUAUAGGAAACCAAACCUUGACUGUUCUUUUUAUUUCUUGCUCCUUGCCUCUCCGACUCUGGAUCAAUGAACAACUGUAUAUGACACCUUCAGUUCUGCAUCUAUGUUGACAGUGCAUACAGUGAAAAAAGUAUGAAGAAGA